AUCUUUCAUAAACAGUAGUGCCAACCUUCCAAGAAGAUUCAGUUAACAGAUCACAAUGCUGAAAGAAUUUUGCUUUUUGUUGAUGGCCACUUAUGUGGCAGCAACAUACAGCACAGGUUAUCCCACCUAUCCAAGCUACCCUAGCUACCCAUCUUAUCCCCCUGUCCCGACCUAUCCCCCUGGUGGAUACAGAUACGUCGUUUACAUUCAAUACCUGUACUACCUGUACAUCACCUACGGACCCAACUCUGUCCAAUACACCCAGUACUACCAAUAUCUGGUCAGGCUGCACAUCAUCCCUGUAGGAUUCAAUUUCAGACGAGGUGGAUUCCCCGGUGGAUUCCCUGGAGGAUUCCCUGGCGGUUUCCCAGGUAGUUUCCCAGGUGGACUUACCAGAAGCAGACUCAUAGACGCCGGUAGUGGAGUCAUUCCACUUGGAGAAGGAUACAUUCCUGGCGGCGGAUACCCAUAUGGAUCUGGUCCCGGCGGAAUUGGAGGAUUUCCUUCCGGUCUUAGUGGAAUUGGAGGAUUUCCCUCUGGUUUGGGCGGUACAGGAGGAUUUCCAUCUGGUCUAGGUGGAUUUGGAGGAUUUCCGUCUGGUUUGGGCGGUGCAGGAGGAUUUCCCUCUGGUCUAGGUGGAAUUGGAGGAUUUCCCUCUGGUCUUGGCGGAGCUGGAGGAUUUCCCUCUGGUCUGGGUGGUGUAGGAGGUUUUCCCUCUGGUCCUGGCGGAGCUGGAGGAUUUCCCUCUGGUUUGGGCGGUGCAGGAGGAUUUCCCUCUGGUCUAGGUGGAAUUGGAGGAUUUCCCUCUGGUCUUGGCGGAGCUGGAGGAUUUCCCUCUGGUCUUGGUGGAGCUGGAGGAUUUCCCUAUGGUUUGGGCGGUGCAGGAGGAUUUCCCUCUGGUCUAGGUGGAAUUGGAGGAUUUCCCUCUGGUCUUGGCGGAGCUGGAGGAUUUCCCUCUGGUCUUAGUGGUGUAGGAGGUUUUCCCUCUGGUUUAGGUGGAACUGGAGGAUUCCCCUCUGGCCUAGGUGGAUACCCGUACGGCUCUGGAAUCCCAAGUGCUGGAUUCCCAAGUGGUGGAUUUCCCAGUGGUGGAUUCCCAAGUGGUGGAUUCCCAAGUGGCGGUCUUUCAUCCACUAGCUUCUCUAGCGGUAGCUCUUUUCUAAGUAGCAGUGGUCUUGGAGGUUUUGGAGACGGUUUCGAUGGUGGUUUCGACGGCGGUUUCGGCGACCUCGAUGGCUUCGAUAGUGGGUUAAGUGGCCUAGGAAGUGGAUUUGGCGGUGGAUUCGGUGGACUCGGCGGUGGAUUAGGAGGCGGACUAGGAGGUGGUUUGGGUGGAAAAUCCAAACACGGAUACUAUUGAUCUAUGAGCGGACUGAAACGACUGAUCCUUAUAUGUGAUAUAGAACGAUUUCCAGCAUUUGUUAUUUGUUAGGUUGUGGAAUGAAAUAAAAAAAAUGACCUUUUUCAUGUUUGUUUUUUUCAUCUUAGUGAGAGACACUGAAUAAGAUAGAAAUAAGAUAGAAAGAACUAAAGAAAAGAAUUCGAUUCUUUU